CGAGAACACUAUUGUACUGCAACCAAUGUCAAGUAAUGAGAGAUUAGCAAUGGACACGAUCGAAGCGCUAAGAAAUAUGGUGUCUUUUCCUUUUGAUGUUUAUCGCGUGUAUCAUUUAAUUGCUAUCUUCUGUCUGGUAACAUUGGUGCUGAAAAUAGCAAAGCUGUUUAUUCGUAGAAAACAAUCUAUCAAAGUAUUGGAGGCUUUUCCUGGACCACCACAACACUGGCUUUAUGGGCAUGUGAAUGAGUUUCAUCAAGAUGGGAGAGAUUUAGACAAGGUCGUCAACUGGACCAAACAGUAUCCCUACUGUUUCCCUCUAUGGUUUGGGCCUUUUUUGUCUUUCCUGAACAUCAAUCAUCCAGAUCAUGUUAAAACCAUCCUUGCAACAACGGAACCAAAAGAUGAUAUUACAUAUAAAUUUCUUAUUCCUUGGAUCGGAGACGGAUUACUGGUGGCAGGUGGUCAGAAAUGGUUUCGGCAUAGGAGACUUUUGACACCCGGAUUCCAUUACGAUGUUUUAAAACCAUAUGUGAAACUAGUAGCAGAUUCUUCAAACAUUAUGUUGGAUAAAUGGGAAAAACUUGCUGGGAAGGAGGAGUCUUUGGAAGUUUACCAGCACGUUAGUCUGAUGACCCUUGAUAGUAUAAUGAAGUGUGCUUUCAGUUACCAUAGCAACUGCCAGACUGAGAGUGGUACAAAUUCUUACAUCAGUGCUGUGUAUGAACUUUGCCAUCUCACAAAUACCAGGUUUAGGUAUUUUCCAUAUCACAUUGACAUUAUUUUCCAUCUUAGUCCACAUGGUUAUCAAUUUAGGAAAGCCUGCAAGCUAGCACAUUGUCACACAGAACAAGUGAUAAAACAAAGAAAAGAAACUCUACAGGAUGGAACUGAACUUUUGAAAAUUCACAAGAAAAGGUAUUUAGACUUCUUGGAUAUCCUGCUGUGUGCAAGGGAUGAACAUGACAAAGGACUUUCUGAUGAAGACAUUCGGGCAGAGGUAGAUACAUUCAUGUUUGAGGGACAUGAUACUACUGCCAGUGGUAUUUCCUGGAUAUUGUACAACCUGGCUGCUAAUCCAGAACACCAGCAGAAAUGUAGGGAUGAAGCACAGGCUGUGCUAGCAGGGAAGGACACCAUGGACUGGGAAGAUCUCAGUAAAAUACCUUACACUACAAUGUGUAUAAAGGAGUCGCUUCGUCUCAACCCCCCAGUACCUGGAAUAGCUCGGAAACUGACUAAACCAAUGACAUUCUGUGAUGGGAGAACGCUGCCUGAAGGCUUUCUGGUCGGAAUCAGCAUUUACUGUAUCCACAGAUGUCCAAGUAUUUGGGAAAAUCCUGAGGUUUUCGACCCAUUGAGGUUUUCAGCUGAGAACUCGGCCAAAAGACACCCAUAUGCUUUUAUACCCUUCUCUGCUGGCCCAAGGAACUGCAUUGGACAAACCUUUGCCAUGAAUGAAAUGAAAGUGGCAGUUGCAAUGAUACUGAAUCGAUUUGAACUGGCUGUAGACCCGUCCAGAAUACCAAAGAAGAUCACUGAACUGGUCCUCAGAUCACUGAAUGGAAUACAUCUAAAGAUAAAAAAGAUUGAAUAAAAAUUCAACAUUUGGUUGCAUGAUUGGAAUAUAGAACUGCUGUAUCUUUAAGAUAUUAAAACAUCUAAUUAAACAUAUAAUUUUAAUUUCCAAGUAGUUUUGGUUACUCAUUUAUGAUGACAAUUUAAAUUAUUAUAAUUAUAUACUAGAUUUUGAGGUAUAAUAUGUAUGGAGUUUUGUGAAAUUCAGACCUACUAUGUCAAAUAGUUUUUUUUUUUU